GGAUAUGAGAAAGCAGAUCCUGCACAAUUUGAGUUGCUCAAAGUUCUUGGUCAGGGAUCCUUUGGAAAGAAGUAUGGUCUGCAAUGGACUUGGAGAAAAGGGGGAAAAAAAGACUGGUUGGUCUACACAGAAAGUGUGAGAAGCACUACACUAGAUGAGUAUGAAAACUGUAAACCUGAAAUGGUCCUUGAGUUUAGGUCUGAUAUAAAGAAUAGGAGAAGCAGAGAUUAAAUGAAGUAAGGAUUCCACCCCCUCACCUUCCCAGUUGGCUGAUACAUAAUUAUCACAUAAAAUAUUUGGAUUAAAGGGUUUUAAGCUCUACCUUAGGAAAGAGGCAAGACAAAAAAUUAAUUAAAAGCUCUCCCAUCUGCAGUUUUGUGUGAACAAGUUAGUUACUUGACCACAUUUUAAAGUUAAGCAACACUUGAAUAGAACUUGUUAGAGUUGAGGAUGGCAGGUAAGGCAGUGAACACGUUUUACUAAAUAAUUAAACAAAUUGAAACAACCCUUUACUAAUAAAUAACUCAUAAAACUGUAAUAUACUUAUAUUUAUCUUCAUAACUGAGGCUUUUUAAAACUUAGCUUUUAAUGAGUCAUAAUCCUGGUUUGAAAAUAUGAGAUAUUAUUACUUAAGCUUACUUGGUAGCUUUAAAUAAUUUAACUUCCAUUUCUUUAUUGAAAUAUUUGCCAUCUUUAUUCUUUUUCUUGGCAGACAGAUAAGAAUUGCCUCUGCUUUCUUAUUAGAAAAUAAAAUACCUGGUAACUUCUAAAAUGGACCAAUAGGGAAGUAGAAAUGAAGGUAUCAAAUUAAUGGUCAUCACAUUUGUUUGCUCCUUAUUAAGGUAACAAAAAGGAACUUGGGUCUUAUAAGGAGCUCCCUUAGCUCAAAUUGUCUUUCGUUAUAUUAUUUAUCUCUUACAUCAGAAACUUCUCAAAUGUUCUUUAAAAUGUUCUUUUCCACAAUAGGAUGUAUGGGAGUGUGAUUCACUAAGUGAAUGAAAAUGAGAAAAUAUUAACCAAGUAUAAUUUAUAGGGAAAGGUAUAUCUAUAAAAUUAGAGAAAAUGCAAGGCCAUAUGUAUGUGCUAAUGUAUAUGUUUAGCAGCAAUGGCUUGGUAUGUGAAUUUCACUGUUUUAACUUUAAUUCUCCUAUUAGGUUUUUCUUGUUAGAAAGAAGACUGGUCCUGAUGCUGGACAGCUCUAUGCAAUGAAGGUGUUAAAAAAAGCUUCUUUAAAAGUUCGAGACAGAGUUCGGACAAAGAUGGAGAGGGAUAUACUGGUGGAAGUAAAUCAUCCAUUUAUUGUCAAAUUGCACUAUGCCUUUCAGACUGAAGGGAAGCUGUAUUUAAUACUGGAUUUUCUCAGGGGAGGAGAUGUCUUCACAAGAUUAUCCAAAGAGGUUCUGUUUACAGAGGAAGAUGUGAAAUUCUACCUCGCAGAACUGGCCCUUGCUUUGGAUCAUCUGCACCGAUUAGGAAUUGUAUAUAGAGACCUGAAGCCAGAAAACAUUUUGCUUGAUGAAAUAGGACAUAUCAAGUUAACAGAUUUUGGACUCAGCAAGGAAUCAGUAGAUCAGGAGAAGAAGGCCUACUCAUUUUGUGGUACAGUGGAGUAUAUGGCUCCUGAAGUAGUAAAUAGAAGAGGUCAUUCCCAGAGUGCUGAUUGGUGGUCAUAUGGUGUACUUAUGUUUGAAAUGCUUACUGGUACUCUGCCAUUUCAAGGUAAAGACAGAAAUGAGACCAUGAAUAUGAUAUUAAAAGCAAAACUUGGAAUGCCUCAGUUUCUUAGUGCUGAAGCACAAAGUCUUCUAAGGAUGUUAUUCAAAAGGAAUCCAGCAAAUAGAUUGGGUUCAGAAGGAGUUGACGAAAUCAAAAGACAUCUUUUUUUUGCAAAUAUUGACUGGAAUAAAUUAUAUAAAAGAGAAGUUCAGCCUCCUUUCAAACCAGCUUCUGGAAAACCAGAUGAUACUUUUUGUUUUGAUCCUGAAUUUACUGCAAAAACACCUAAAGAUUCUCCUGGUUUGCCAGCUAGUGCUAAUGCUCAUCAACUCUUCAAAGGAUUCAGCUUUGUUGCAACUUCUAUUGCAGAAGAAUAUAAAAUCACUCCGAUCACAAGUGCAAAUGUAUUACCAAUUGUUCAGAUAAGUGGAAAUGCUGCCCAAUUUGGUGAAGUAUAUGAAUUGAAAGAGGAUAUUGGUGUUGGCUCCUAUUCUGUUUGCAAACGAUGCAUACAUACUGCUACCAACAUGGAAUUUGCAGUGAAGAUCAUUGACAAAAGUAAAAGAGACCCCUCAGAAGAAAUUGAAAUUUUGAUGCGCUAUGGACAACACCCUAACAUUAUCACUUUAAAGGAUGUUUAUGAUGAUGGUAGAUAUGUUUACCUUGUUACGGAUUUGAUGAAAGGAGGAGAGCUACUUGACCGUAUUCUCAAACAAAAAUGUUUUUCAGAACGGGAAGCUAGUGAUGUACUGUUUAUAAUAACUAACACAGUUGACUAUCUUCAUUGUCAAGGAGUUGUUCAUCGUGAUCUUAAACCCAGUAAUAUUUUAUACAUGGAUGAAUCAGCCAACGCAGACUCCAUUAGGAUCUGUGAUUUUGGGUUUGCAAAACAGCUUCGAGGAGAAAAUGGACUUCUCUUAACUCCAUGCUACACUGCAAACUUUGUAGCACCUGAGGUUCUUAUGCAACAAGGCUAUGAUGCUGCUUGUGAUAUUUGGAGUCUGGGAGUCCUUUUUUACACAAUGUUGGCUGGCUAUACUCCAUUUGCUAAUGGCCCCAAUGAUACUCCUGAAGAGAUACUGCUGCGUAUAGGCAAUGGAAAGUUCUCUUUGAGUGGUGGAAACUGGGACAGUAUUUCAGAUGGAGCAAAGGAUUUGCUUUCCCAUAUGCUGCAUAUGGACCCACAGCAGCGGUACACUACAGAACAAGUAUUAAAACACUCGUGGAUAACCCACAGAGAUCAGUUGCCAAAUGAUCAGCCAAAUAGGAAUGAUACAUCACAUGUUGUUAAGGGAGCAGUGGUCGCCACAUAUUCUGCCCUGACUCACAAGACCUUUCAACCAGUCCUAGAGCCUGUUGCUGCUUCAAGCUUAGCUCAACGACGGAGCAUGAAAAAGCGAACAUCAACUGGCCUGUAAGAUUUUUAGUGUUCCUCAGCCAAACUGGAUGAAUAAAAAUUUAAAUGUGUGGCUUUUUGUCUAAUCUUAUAUCAAAGGCAUUGUUUUCUACUACAUUACUUGAAUAUUCUGUUUAAGCUUCCUUUUUUUAAGGGGGAGUGAGAUAAAAAACAUAUACAGGUCCACAAUAUUCAUACUGCAUUGUUUUUCAGUAGUGUCCAAGUGUUUAUUUAAGUAUAAAAUUGGUGUCUACAAGGUCCUACCAACUUCUCUGCACACUAACUUCUAAAGUUCCUUUCAAAUAAAGUUACUUUAAUAGUUUUUCUGGUUAUGUAAAAUAAUGGUUUGGGGAAUCAUUAUCAACAGUUAAGAUGGAAGUAUAAUAGUAUAAUGCCAAGCAAUGUCAGUAUUUUUUAACAUUAGAUCCUGAAAGGAUAGGCUUCUUUUUUUUUAAGAAAAUCAAACAAAAAAUGUAUUUUAGAAACUUAUUGUGUGUAACCAAAGGACUCCACUCAUUUGACUCUCUGUAGUUACUAAAAUGUAAACAUAGUAGUUUAGUGCCAGAUGAAAAAAUCAUUUGUGCUAAUAUGUGAACUCCUAAUAUGGUUGAUGCCAAAUUUUACAGAAGAAUUAAAUCACAGAUAAUGUGUGCCGACAGACCUGUAUAUUAUCCAUAAGUGGCCUCAUCUAGAAAUAAAGGUUUUCAUAAGGCUUCUGUAAAUUUUACAUCUAAUGGAAUUGUAAUACAAGUGAAGAAAUGUUUAGCCGAAGGCUUUAUAUUGGUGUUGUAAUCUACUAAAUAGGUCAUAGUUAAGCCUUUGAAAAUAAAGUACCUGGUGUUGGCACUACCUUGGUGUUAUGUAAGCUGACUUUCAAGUUAACCAAUUGGAUUUAAUUAUCAUCUGUCCCUUUAUAAUGAACUACACUGUUGUUUUUUGGACUUCCAUGUGCUUUGAAUUACAGUGUAGCAUAUUAAUCUAUCUUUAAUCCUGUGGUCAUAUAGUUGAAACUUUACUGUAGUGGACUUGUGAGCUUAGCACACAUGAUAUAGUUAUAAUGCAUUUCAGUAAACUGUAGAUAAUGCUACAUAAUAGUUGACUUCAAGAAGAUAAACAGUCUUUUUAAAUAGAAAUUAAUGUUAAUGAUCUGCAUAAAAUUUGAACACAUUUUAAAAUCAUAUUUAUAAUAAAAAGGUCUGGCCAAAUUUGUCCUAUUAUUAAAUUUUAUGAUUCAGAACCACUGCGUAGUAUGUAUUGUUUUCUCUAAAUGAUGGAAUUUGAAAGAAUCUUUUUGUGUUGUUGAAGAAAAUACCAUUACUACUACUUUAAAUACCAUUACUACUGCUACUACUGCUGCUACUGCUACUGCUACUGCUACUGACAGAAGGAACUCAUGAAUGUAAACUGGAGGAUAUUACACUUUUCUUUAGUGAAUAUAAGUGAUCUACU